AUGCGACGGAGCCUUAUCGCCGCGCGGUCCUCCGCAGGAUCCUUGGCUCGCGCCGCCGUCUACCAACAGCACCUCCAGCCCCGGCGCAUGUUUGCAAGCGGCAGUGGCACCCCUCCCAGCAAAAGCGAGCCUCCUACGACUCCGGUCGACCGAUCCCAGGACCAGGCGCAACCCAUUGGUGCUUAUUACGAGGGCGUUCUCCAGGGUAGCAAAAACUACCCGGACACGAAGCCCGAGUUGCCCCCGGUGACCUCCCAGAAAUACCCGACCAAGCUUGCGCCCGCCGAGCCGGAAGCCCAGCCGGAACUGGAAAAGAAGCAACAAGCGGAAUCGGAGCCGAAGCCGAAGCAGGACGACAAUGCCCAGGGAACGUCCUCCCAAAGUGCCCAAGAUCCUACUCCAAGUAGCAACCCUAGCGGCGACCUUAGCGGCAGCGACGGCAGCGGCACAGUCCCAGAAGCCUCCUCAUCUCCUUCGCCCCAGAUCCUUGAAGACGGCGAAGCCGGCAACACCCGCAUCAUCUUCUCUGCCAGUCUAACCAGCGAAGCCAGACGGGCCGAGCGUCUCGCCUCCAUCCGUUCUCAAUCCAAGCUCGUCGCCGGCGUGCUCGUUCCCCCACGGCCUGAAGAGCCCGAAAACUGCUGCAUGAGCGGAUGCAUCAACUGCGUGUGGGACAUGUACCGGGACGAGAUGGAGGCGUGGGCGACGGCGACGGCGGAGGCCGAGCAGCGGCUUGCUGCGCAGCAGGCUGGACUGGGCGAGGAGGGUGUGAUGGCGGCUACGGGGGCGGUGGAGGCUGGGGGGAGUCAGCAAACUCCUUCUACUUCUACCUCUACAGCAGCAGGCGAUGGCCAAGAACAGCAGACGAUAGUCAAGGGCACAGAAUUGGCGGGCACGGCGCAUUCGGUGGUCGACCAGAGGGGAGCGGUUAGUAUGGAUGAUGACGGGGGCGGAAGUUCGAGUAAUUGGGACUUUGGAACGGCUCAGAGUCCUGCGACUGGCACCGCCGGUACUACAAAGACUUUGACUUCGACCUGGGACGACAACCUGUACAAGAAUGUGCCGGUUGGGAUCCGCGAGUUCAUGAAGCAAGAGAAGAGGCUGAAAGAGAAGCAUGCGCGCGAGGGGACCGUUGGGUAGCUCAUUUUGGAAUUGACGGUUUUAAAGUUCAG